AUGUUUCGUAUUUACAAAAUGAAGUUUGUGAGCUUGUUUUCGGGAAAGACGACGGACACGUUUGAAGCAAAAAAAGGCUCGCUGGCUUCGUCACCAGAUGUUGAUAUACGGGCCUCAAUCGCGUCACCCGGAAGGACGCCGUUCCCGAAGUUUCAAAACUACGAGAGUGACAGUGAAACAGACUCUUGCGGGAGUGAACAACAAGAAGAAUACUUGGAUAAUGAAUUACUUCAUGAAUCAUCAAUCAUCGAAGAGAUCCCAACAUUAGAUUCUGAACGCUUUGAACAUAUUCCCGUGUUAAGAACACCGAAACGUCAUGUCUCGAGAAGAACUGCCCUUGAAAUAACUAGAAGAAGAAUAGAUUUCGAUUCACCAGAGUAUAUUGAACUCGGAGAUCUGCAAAAGAAUAAUUACAAAAACACCACAGACAAAACCAGCGAAGAGAAGAAUCAAAUUUAA